CAGUUCGCAUUCAAGCAAGCAAAAUGCACGUAUACCUGUAAUGACAGUUAUAACGCCACAGAGGCACCACUUUGUAAUCAACGCUCAAAUUAAGUUUUCUUUUCUUUGCUAUAAGACAAUGUAGUAUUAUCGUGGAAUGAGGGUUUUUUUCUUCGUCUUGUAGAAACAAUCUUUUCUUGUUUAGUCCCCCAUCAAUAGCUAUGGUUUUCUUUGCCUGUGCUUUGAGAAAAUGGUUAGGCGAGCAACUGGCUGUGUGCAGAAUGAGAACUUCGACCAGUCGUGAUUUGGCUGUUCACGGUUACUGACGACGCUCAGCUGAGUUAGCUCCACCCGAGAGAUCCUACAAUAUCCUGAUGCUGUUGCCAGUAUCCUCGAAGAGUCACAGGAAUGUAUUUUUGCCGGUCGCCGAGGCUUUAGCCGACCGAGGACACAAGAUUGUGAUGCUGGUCAACCACCCGCCGGCGUUGAAGCACCCGAACGUCCAGGAGAUCAACCACGAACUGCCCGAUUUCAGGGAAGAAAACAUGAACAUGUUCGCGACACGAGAGAACCCGGCUGCUGCGUUCGGAGUGUUCGAGACCGCUCUCCCCGCCAUCGCCAGGAAGCUGUACAAGGUUCCGAAGGUUAAAGAACUCUAUGACAGAAGAAAGGAGUUUGAUCUCAUAGUUAUCAACCAUAUGUUUAAUGAGGUUGCAUACCCUUUCGCCCACGAGAUGCCCUACAUCACCAUAGCAACGCCAGGUAUGGACUACCGCCAGAGCGCUGUCUUGGGCAAUGUUCUGAAUCCUGCUUACGUUCCUAACAUAAUGAAGUCUUACCCAUUGCCUAUGAGCAUGUUACACCGCUUCAUCAAUACGAUAGAACACAUCAUGCUUGCCGUUCAUUGGCGCCACUGGAGUAUCGUUCCGCCCGUACAGAAGGAGAUUUCGGCCCAGUUCCCGGACCUCCCGUCACUGCUGGACAUUGAACGUAAUCAGAGCCUUACCUUGAUGAACUCCCACUUCACAAUGAACGAUGUUCUGCCUUUGCUGCCGUCCCAGGUGGAAGUAGGGGCCAUGCACUGUCGCCCUGGCAAGCCCCUCCCUGAGGAUUUAGAGUCCUGGAUCAGCGGCGCAGGAUCAGAGGGAGUCGUGUACUUCAGUCUCGGCUCCGUGGCUCAAGGUCAGUCGAUGCCCAAGAAAUACCGAGAUAUGUUCGUGGAGGCCUUCAAGAAGCUCAAACAGCGAGUCAUCUGGAAGUACGAGGUGGCGCUGGAGGGCGUCUCUGACAACGUGAUAAUGCGGAAGUGGCUGCCGCAGCAGGAUAUUCUCGCUCAUCCAAACGUCCGGGUCUUCAUCACCCACGGAGGACUCCUCAGCACUCAGGAGUCCUUCUACCACUCCACGCCAGUCCUAGCGGUCCCCAUCUUUGGCGAUCAGCCCAAGAAUGGCAUGAACAUACAGAACAACGGCCUCGGUCUGAUGCUGGUGUGGGAGGAGCUGACGGUCGAGCUCAUCGUGAACAGUCUCCAGGAAAUUAUCUCGAAUCCUAAGUACAAAGCCAGGGCCGCAGAGGUGCAGGGUCCCCUCCGCGACCAGCCCGACAGCCCGAAGGAUCGCGCGGUGUUCUGGACCGAGUACGUGAUCCGGCACAAGGGCGCCCCCCGGCUGCGGUCUCCGGCGGCGCAGCUGUCGUGGGUCGAGUUCCUCAUGCUGGACGUGCUGCUGGUGUUCCACGUCGCCGUGUUCGUGGCUGUGUACGUGGUCCGCCGCCUUCUGGGAGCCGUCUGCUCGUGGGUCUUCGGGUCCAAGAGCAAAGGCAAAAAGAAGAGGGAUGACCGUAGUGGUUGUCUAGUGAAUGUCGGAAAGCGGCCUAUACUCAUGCCCGCCAACCACCGGUGUUCAGACCAACGUUUAGAGGGUGUGGCGGGCACUAGUAAAGGCCGAAGCCCGACGUUUGCUGGACAACCACUAUGGUCACUGCCUCACCACAGCUCGGUCUGCAAUAUGACCAUCACCCAUGUGGACAAGCUACAUAGGAAAGAAAGCGCGCACCAACACUUCAGCAUUAUGAGUGAUUGUUGGAAGGACUACGACUGCCUGGAGGACGAGGGGUUUAAACAUCACAGAGUCGAGCACAGAUUAAAUUUUGAUGACCUUGGUAUAGCUAUUGGCCCAGUAUGCAGUAAAAACUUUAAACCCCAUAAUGUUGAGGUGACGUUAGCAUGUGCAGAAUUGGCUCCACCCGAGAGAUCCUACAAGAUUCUGAUGCUGUUACCAGUAUCUUCGAAGAGCCAUAGGAAUGUCUUCAUGCCUAUCGCUGAGGCUUUAGCUGAUCGAGGACAUAAGAUUGUGAUGCUGGUCAACCACCCACCAGCAUCAAAGCACCCAAACAUCCAGGAGAUCAACCACGAACUGACCGAUUUCAGGGAAGAAAACAUGAACAUGUUCGAGACACGAGAGAACCCAGCUGGUGCAUUCGGAAUGUUCGAGACCGCUCUCCCCGCCAUCGCCAGGAAGCUGUACAAGGUUCCGAAGGUUAAAGAACUCUAUGACAGAAGAAAGGAGUUUGAUCUCAUAGUCAUCAACCAUAUGUUUAAUGAGCUUGCGUACCCGUUCGCCCACGAGAUGCCCUUCAUCACCGUAGCAACGCCAGGUGUGGACUACCGCCAGAGCGCGGUUUUGGGCAACGUCUUGAACCCUGCCUAUGUACCUCACUCGAUGAAAGCUUACCCUCUUCCUAUGACUAUGUUACGUCGAUUCCUUAAUACCGUAGCGCCCAUCAUGAUUGCCGUAUACUGGCGUCACUGGAGUAUCCUUCCGCCUGUUCAACAGGAGAUUUCGGCCCAGUUUCCGGACCUCCCGUUACUGCUGGACAUUGAACGCAACCAGAGCCUUACCUUGAUGAACUCCCACUUCGCAAUGAACGAUGUUCUGCCUCUGCUGCCAUCCCAGGUGGAAGUUGGGGCCAUGCAUUGCCGGCCUGGCAAGCCCCUCCCUGAGGAUUUAGAGUCCUGGAUCAGCGGCGCAGGAUUAGAGGGAGUCGUGUACUUCAGUCUCGGCUCCGUGACUCAAGGUCAGUCGAUGCCCAAGAAAUACCGAGAUAUGUUCGUGGAGGCCUUUAAGCAGCUCAAACAGCGAGUCAUCUGGAAGUACGAGGUGGCGCUGGAGGGCGUCUCUGAUAACGUGCUGAUGCGGAAGUGGCUGCCGCAGCAGGAUAUUCUCGCUCAUCCAAACGUCCGGGUCUUCAUCACCCACGGAGGACUCCUCAGCACUCAGGAGUCCUUCUACCACUCCACGCCAGUCCUCGCGGUCCCCAUCUUUGGCGAUCAGCCCAAGAAUGGCAUGAACAUUCAGGACAACGGCCUCGGUCUGAUGCUGGUGUGGGAGGAGCUGACGGUAGAGCUCAUCGUGAACAGUCUCCAGGAAAUUAUCUCGAAUCCUAAGUACAAAGCCAGGGCCGCAGAGGUGCAGGGUCCCCUCCGCGACCAGCCUCAGAGCCCGAAGGAUCGCGCGGUGUUCUGGACCGAGUACGUGAUCCGGCACAAGGGCGCCCCCCGGCUGCGGUCUCCGGCGGCGCAGCUGUCGUGGGUCGAGUUCCUCAUGCUGGACGUGCUGCUGGUGUUCCACGUCGCCGUGUUCGUGGCUGUGUACGUGGUCCGCCGCCUUCUGGGAGCCGUCUGCUCGUGGGUCUUCGGGUCCCGGAGCACAGGCAAGAAGAAAGCGGAAUGAGGGAUUUUAUGACUCAAAAUUUAUAUAUAUUUUUUUCUCUUCAGAUUUUUAAAAUUCAGUUUGUGACUCUGAUACCUGUCUUUAUUUUUACAUAAAUGUGUCUCUUGAUGGCAAAAAAAUAUAAUUUUUACCGUACACAGUAUUAAAUGUACUUAAUGGCUGCUAUUGUAACUGCACUAUCACUAUCGUAAUAAAAAUAGUGAUACGGUACA